UUCAGUUUCUCCUCCCGUGUCUCUUACAUAUGAAUACAAAGAGGAAAGAGGAAAAGGGACUGUUUAUUUGUCCGUUUAUGAAUAAUUUUCCUUCAUCAAACUAUGGAUUAAACUCAUGGUGAUCGCCGAGCGCGCCCCGAGGUCGCUGCCCGGCGUCGUAUUACCUUUCUCGGGGCACAAUGGGCUCGUAAGAUGCCUUCUCUGUGGAAACGAACGAUAUUCUCAGUGGCCUCAGUGCUGUGCAUCCUCUCGGUGGUCCUCUUGGUGGUAGCCCUGUCCACGGAACGGUGGGUCACGGGGAGGAUCCUGUGCAGAACUGGGGUAGAGAUAGUGAAUGCGUCCAGUCCUGAGCUAGAGCAAUUCAUCGGGCACAUCUACUACGGUUUGUUCCAGGGAGGAAAGACCAAGAAGUGUGGACUCGGGAACAGGCGCUCCAAAAUAUACAUUUUUCCGAAGCUUGUGCGAACGCUGAAUGGUGGUCUUCACAUGAUGGUGAUCCUUUUCCUGUUGGUGGCGGUGGGCUUUGCGCUGGUCAGUUUAUCUUUCUGCAUUUACAACGCACGAAAGGUUCCCUACCAGAGCAUCAAAGGUCACAAAGGACUUUACCUGUGGAACUUCAUUGCUGCUCUUUUUGGUGCUCUGGGUGUCUUGUGUUUCCUGGCAGCUGUUAGGCACCACAAUCUGACAGAGCGGGUGGCAAAUUAUCGGGAGAGUCUUUUCGUCCUUGACGUUCUGGAGGACGAUCUGGACUGGUCUUUUUGGCUUGGGGUCGGCAGCAUUGGAACUCACUUUGCUGUCUGUGGAGUUGUUGCCAUGAGUCGGAUUAAGCUGCCCAAACCAGAGAUGAAGAAACCCGAAGAACCCACAAUUUCUUCUCUGGACCUGCUCUACUGA